GUCAAACCCCCCCCAGGUGCACCAGCGUUAAUUAAUCUGCCCGCUUUCCCGACUAGAAUGAAACAAUAUUCAUUUAGUAUUUGACUUUAAUGCGGUGCAACAACGAUGGCGUGGAGGAGGAGACGACCGCGCUCACUUCCAGAUAACAGUAACAGACCUGUUCCCAACAACAUGGACCACCUUGCUUUCAAGUACAUGGAGAUGUGUAAGGUGGACACUGACUCGGACUCUGACUCAGAAAUCAGUCCCAGAUGGUCCGACACCAGCUCCAUGGGAUGCGUGAGCCGUGUGCCGCGGCGUGGGAUACUACGCCGGACGCUGCCACCUAAGACAGCAGCAAGACACGGUUGUUCUUCGUUCUUAGACCCGUAUGAUGGGAGCUCUGAGGAUUCUGAUGACGCAGGCGUCUCGAGGCAAACGAAGCAGCAAGGCAGAGGCAGCGGCGCCGGAGGCUGGUCGUCCGGCCGAGGCAGGAGGUCUGUGCCUCCGCACCCAGCUUCUAUUGGUCUUAGACAAGAGAUAAGGGACCCUGUAGCAGAGCAUCACCUUCAUUUGGACGUUCCGAUGACAUGUGGUAGUGACUCUGAGGUGUGGGUCUGUGAGCUAGACAGUUUGUCUACACAUAAUGACAUAAUGGACGGCGGUAGAGAUGUCACUGUAGCUGCAAAUGGUUCAACGAUGCAAACCCAAACCACAGGCAUUGAACUGCAACUCGAUGAUGCCGCGCACCACACAUUUGGACCUCUCGCACCAGUGAGAGGAAACUUGCCCCAGCUGCAGGACAGCUCCUCCGAGAGGUCCGUGAGCCCGUGUAACCUCACCUCUAUUUACAAGAGAAAGCUGGGUCUCCCCGGAGCAGAUGUGGGAGAGUUGGGGCAAAGAAAACGGCAAUGUGUUGACAUGGAGGACGAACACAACGCCAUGGACUCUACGUCUGACCCGUUUUAGAGCCACGGACUGCAGACAUUAGGUGACUUGUGGUUUAAGUUAUCAAAUGAUGUAAAUAGUUCCUUUACGAUGCACUUUGAAUGCCUCAUGCUGGCUGCUUCUUUGAGUUAUUUUUUGUUAGAAUUAACACAGUAAUCUGCAGCCCAUGCUAAAGUGACGAGUUGUUAUAUAAACUAAACUAAAUACACAACUGCUUUACUCAAAGGGGAAAAAGAAACAUACAAGCAUGAUGGUGUGUUCCAUGUUUUUCUUAUGUAGUUAUUUGCACAGAUAAGAGGUAGUUUCACUGAAAGCAACUUUUAUAACACUUUCUAAAAGUAGUUUCUCUCAUCCAGCAGAUAAUGCAGUGAAACUGGAAGUUUAUACGUUCUUUAAAAGUUUCAACUGAUGGCGGCUAUAAGGUUUUAUGAUAACACUAAACAGGAACUGACAUUGUCUAUCAUCAUAGCUCAGGAGGUCAGGAAAUGACCUGGAAUCAGAAAAUAAAAUUUUCAUCCUUAGAUUCCCAUG